AUCAGAGCCUGGUUCGAAGCUGCACAAAGCACGGUUCAAAGUUGCAUCAAACGCGGUUCGAAGCCUGCUGUAGACGCGGUUCGAGCCUGGUGAGAGCGUGGUGCGAGCCUGGUUGGAGCCUAGUUACGAGCGGAAAAUCGUAGCCAUGGCAAGCAAAGGCGUGGAGGCAAGCGACAUUCCAAAGGAGGAACGAGGUCGACGGGAGACGCGUGGGGGCGCGAGAUGGAAGAGAAGGUCGAGGGCGGUGUCACCAGCGUCACAGGACGUCACAACAGCCUUUGAGGGAAGGCUGGCCAAGAGGGGCUUGGCUACGGGGGACGUCCACGAGCAGCUUGUCACUCUUAACUCCGAGGAGGAUGGGGGUGGCACAGUCGAGCCACUUGAAGGUAAGCUUCAAGGUGCCUUCGAUUCUUUCAUGGCGAACAUAAGCAGGGCUGUGGAAGAGCUUCAAGGGUCCCUUGCGAGCAGAGGUGGGCGAGACAAGCCACACAGAACCUCCAAUCCAUGCGGGGGCAUGGAAACCUCGAGGGAUGGCAGCGGUGAGCGACCCAAGAGGAAGCAAGGGUGCUUCUUGUGUGGAGGGCCACACUGGAUGAGGGAAUGCCCACAGUGGAACAAGCUCAACGCCAUCAUCUCAGCCCUCGGGGAGGAGCCCCAAGCCAGGGAGCUACGCUUGGGUGCCAUGACAGUUUUCAACUCCAUAGUGGCCCAGAAGGCAAGCGGGGGCGACGCCAAGGCCAAUGGAGCAGCAGAAACGAGCCUUGGCAAGACCUACAAAUAUGUAUCUGUCGAGAUCAAGGGGCAAAGCGUCCCAGCUCUACUGGACAGUGGCGCGGAUCAAAGCUUGAUUGUGGCAAGCUCGACGGGAGAGUUGGGUCUGCCAUGCACAAAAGAGCAUGGUUGGGUGAAGGUCGUCGAUCAGCCUUCACAGCCCAUCCAUAGUGUGGCACGAGGGGUGCCAGUGCAAAUAGGCUCAUGGUCGGGGGAGAUCGACCUACACGUCGUGCCCAUGAAGGACUUCAAGAUGGUGCUGGGUCGUGACUUCAUCAAUCGGAUGCUGCCAUUCACUUUCACGAGGGAUGGGCGCAUACUCUUUGAGGAUGGGGCGGAAACACGGCCAGACAGCGGAGUCCAAGCGCGGGAAGGCUCGGGGCACGGCAUAGUCCGCACGCGGCUCGCAGCGGAAGCAAGGUGGGGACGCGGCACAGACUUGCAGCAACUCGCGAAGAAGAUUGAGGCACUCGACACGAGCAGCCUUGACGAGGGCGUCAAGGGCUUUGGUGGGGGAGAGUGUCACGGAGCGCGAGUUCGGGGGCCCAAGUCAAGGCCAUCGUGGCACGGGGCGGCAGCCACGACACCCAUGGGCGCGCGAGCAGGGGCACGGACGCGGGCGCGAGCGCGACGUGGAAGGCAUGGGGUCACGGUCGAGACACGCAGACGCAUGUGGGAGCAGCCAAGGGCGUCCAUAUAGCGUGCGAUGGCGGUAGCGGACAAAGUGUCGA